AUGCAUAAAAUUGGAGCUAUUGGUAUUUUGAUAAUUCUUGGAUUUAUUCUUGAUACAAUUGCUGUUUUUACAACUGGAUGGAUUGAAGUUAGCGUAGUUGCUAUCAAGAAUUAUUAUUAUGGGAUUAGUCCAUUUCAAAGUGGUUCGAAACCGACUUGGUUCAAUGUUGCUAGUUGGCUCAUGUUUAUUUCGUUUAUCUUAGCUUUGGUUCAGAUAUUGGCAUUUUUACAUGCUUUGUGAGUUUUGGGCUUUAUGAUUAUGGGUGAGACUAGUGAAAAUAACUUGUUAGUUUAACAAGGAAAGGUUUUCAAUGUUCCCCCAAGGGAAAAAUCGAGAGUAUGUGGAAUGUUGAGGGUUCCCGUGGGUAGGAAAACCCCUAACGGGAAUAAGGAGAAAAAUGCCUUGUUUUAGAAAAUUUUGGUGUUAUUGAUUUUUGCGAUAAAAUUUUUUAGAAAAAUCGAAACUUUUUUCAAAAUUGAUGAAAAAUGUCGGUCUAAAAAUCCAUUUGUAGCGCAAACGGCGUACUUUAGUAUUACUUCGACUAAAAUUAGGAAUAAAAUAAUUUUGGUCCUAAAAGUCCACUAAAUCAAAAAUCCAGUUCGAAAAAUUCAUAGAAAAUCAACGUUUUCGUUGUGAAGGAGAAGUUUGUGUGAAUCGAGACUAUGAUUUUUGGAUUCUACGGACCAAAUUACGUCUGUUGACCGUCAUAAAUUUUUCAAGUUCCGUUCAUUUGAAAAUGGAAAAAAUUAUUUUUUGUGUUUUUUGGUGACCAUUUGAUCAGAAAAACCCCGACUAAAGAAACCAAAUUUCAAGAAAUGUCUAAUUUUUUGAUAAAAAGUUUCACAAACACGUAAUCGACCAUUCUGAACAACUUCCACGACUCAAAAGUUCAUGAAAUAGAUUCAAAAUCGAGUUACAGAUGCUCUAAAAAUCAAAAAAUGGUGUAAAAAUCGACCUAAAAUACAUUUUUUCUCGAGAAUAAGGCAUUUUUCUCCUUAUUCCCGUUAGGUUUUUCUUACCCACGGGAACCCUAAACAUUCCACAUACUCUCGAUUUUUUCCUUGGGGGAACAUUGAAAACCAUUCCUUGUAAGUUCAAAAGUUCACACCUUUUCCCGCCAUGUUUCUAUCAGGUUUGCAUAAAUUUUUUGCAGAAGUCGAAUUCGUAAUUGUGGAUGUUCUCAUUCAAUUCGUCACUCGUUCAAUUUGAUAACUUCAAUUUCUGCAAUUAUAUCUAUUUUUAUAUUCGUCGCAUUUAUUUUGACAGCGGCUAAUUUGAAAAGUUUUUUAGGAUAUGCAGAUGCAAGUGUAAGUUAGAGAGAGCUUAACACGACCUUUUAAAGCGCAGGGUACGAUUUUAAAAGAUAUAUCAUUUCAGCUUGGAUAUUCCUCAUUUAUCGCGCUGGCAGCUGCUAUACUUAUUAUAAUUGCUGGUGGUUUGUCACAACAUGUACGACAUUUUGAUUGUUGUUAG